AUGGGGGCCAAAGUACUGUCCUCGUCGGGCUCGCGCCCGACGUCCCCCGCCGCAGCCCCACCUCCGACCCGCAUCGUUAGCGGAAGCCUCAAGGACCGCAUCGCCAAGUUUAGCAAUGCCGACGCCGUCCCCCUUGUCCCAGUCAACCCGUAUAUGGGUGGAUCGGCCUCGUACGCUCGCGGCGGGCUUGUGGGAAACCGCCUUCCCAGCCUCGACCCCAAGACGGCCGGCAUGGCAGGCCUCGGCGCUGCAAACCUCCGUCGCGUCUCUGAACGGCGUGACCUGAUUGGGAACCGGAUUCCCAGUGGUACAAGCGCAGCCGCGGCAGUGAAUCCGCAAACGACGGGCGGCGGAACUCCAACUGGCGUGACUACCGUCCCACAGACCGGCGGCACGAGUACGCGGUCUGUGCGUUCGGCCAGCCCUGCAGGCUCGGCAGCGAGCAGCAGUGCGGCAGCGAGCAGCUCGCGGGUGUCGGGCGGGCAGGAGUCUGGGUCGACCGCGACAUCGCUCUCGUCCUCGCCGGCCGCCUCUCCGGGCUCCAACAUUCCCCCUCAGCUUCUCGUGUCGACGCUUCCCGACGAGAUGGACGCUGGCGCAAUGACACCAAGCUCGACCAUCGCCGAGGCCGGUGAGGAGACGUUUGAGCGCAGCAUGCCCGCCACUCCCGUCGCGACCGCCACCGAGCUCCCUCCCCCAGGCUACGACCUCGUUCCCGGAAACCUCACUCUGGCCGCCAGCGGUGCCUCGUACGCGCCAUCUCUCAGCUCGUCAAUGGCGUCACAGUACGACCCGGCGUCCUUGGCCGAGGAGGAGGCCAACCUCAAGGACGUGAGCGGCGUGAGCACCCCGACCGGUACCCCUCGCCAGGCCCACCGCGAGCUUGAUCUCGAGGGCCCCGAGGGCAGCAUCGCCGGCUCGUCCCGCGAUGUCGAGGACCUUGACGACAAGAUCGAGGAGCUUGUCAUCGACGACCGUGACGUGACUCCCGAGGCCGAGAGGAAGGACCCCGAGCCCAUUGCCGAGGACCAGGUCGACAUCGCCCCUUCAGCAGAGCCUGUCGUGGCCGUGCCCGUCGCGGACGUUCCCGCCGAGGUCGUCGAGCCCGUCGCCACUGAGCAGGUUACCACUUCGUCGGUUACUGAGUCUACCGAGGAGACCAAGGUCGAGGCCAAGGAGGCUGCGCCCGCGGAUCUCAGCUCCGCCGACGACACAGCUGUUCCCACCUCCCACGCUGUGGAGGGCACAGCAGCGGCUGUUGCCGGUAUUGCGGCCGUCGGUGCUGCCGUUGCCGUGCAGAAGACGGCCGACGACAAGGUCGAGGAGACCGCCGAACCUGCCGAGCAGACCACCCCUACGGACGACACCCCUACCCAGAGCAAGAUCGGGGCCGGAACGUCUGUAGACAAGGAGGCCACUCCCACCCCCGAGGUCGCACCUGAGCCCACGCCUGAGCCCAUGCCUGUGCCCACACCUGAGCCCACAGCCGCCCAGCCUGCCCUUGAGACAGACGUUGAGGGCCCAGCCACAAUCAAGGCCGCGCCCGCUGAGAUUGAGCCCGAGGUCGCCACCGAGGUCCUUGCCGAGCCCGAUACCCACAGUGACGUCAAGAACGAAGCGUCAGACCUGCUCAACACCGGCGACGACGAGCCCGUCCGCAGCUCGCAAGACACGUUGCGUGCGGUUGACGACAAGGUCACUUCGCGCGACAGUCUGCUUGUGGAACGCGACUCGACCCCGCAGGCACCGGACCGUGAGGCUACCCCGCAGCCCCAGCCUGCCCAGCUCGCGCGUGACGACACUCCAGUUGCGGCCGACCCUGCGCCGGCUCUCGAUGACGACUCUGACAUUGUGAGCGUCCAGGGCGCGACACCGUCCUUCCAGGAGGGCGAUGAGGCGCCUGGCACUCCUGCGCAGGUCGACGACGACAUGACGUCCGACCGUUCUUCUUUGCCACCCGCUCGCGCCUCUUCCGAGCUCGAGUUUAGGUACGAGGACUACCAGGACCAUUCUUUUCGUGACCAAUCCGCUUCCCAAGCUACCUCAGCGGCGGCGAACGUGGAUGGGAGCGGUCACAAGACGCGUAGCUCAGUGGCGAGUGCGAGUGAAGUCGCUGUCGGAGUCGCUGGCGUGAGUGUGCUCGCUGCUGGAGCUAUUGCUGCUGCCAGCGACGGUAACGGCGACGAGACAAUGUUCCCUGCUGUCCCUACCGCCGACGUCGAGGCCGAGCCUGCCCACAAGCCUGUCCAGGUCCACGUCGAGCCGUCGCCGUACGGCCCCGUCAGCGAGACCAAGGAGCGCCCCUCGGAUCUCCCAGUGCCCACCAGCGGGCCCAACGGUCCCACGCUCACAGUCCAAGCGCCAUCCCCUUCGGUCGCGAGCUUUGACGGCGCCGAGACCCCAGCCCGUGCUGUCGACUUCCCCGUGCCGCCAACGACCUCCCUCCCGGAGGCCCAGACUCCCUUGGGCUCGCGCCCUGUCUCCCCUCCUUCCUCCGGUAGGACGGUUGCGCCGGCCUUCCCCGUCGUUCCGGAUGAGGAGCACCCAUACGUGAGCGUCCACACCUCGCCGAGCCGCGGCCUUGGCGGUGGUGUGUCGUUCCCCCGCGGCGCAGAGUCACCCUCGCCUCGUCACUCGCGUGGCAGCGCCUCGUCUCUGUCCCGCCACAGCCCUCCACAGACUGCGCCUCGCACCCCGCCCAUGGACUCGCCCAGCCUCGUGGUCGACCACGACCGCGUCUCGAUGGACAGCCAGCGCGCAAUGUCCUCGACUGACAGCCACGACCACCUCUCCAUCGACGGCCACGAGUCGCGUCCGCCCCGCCAGAAGCGCAUUUCGUUCACCCCGCGCUCGCCGCUCCUCGACGACGAGGACCCGGGAGACUUUGAGCCCGGAGAGGGCUGGGUCGUCAGUGGUAAGUGGGAGCAGUGGCGCGGUCCCCCCAUGCGUCCCCCUCUGCGCACCGCCGGCCGCCCGGCAACGACGAGCACCAAGCCAGCAGCGUCAUUCGAGUAA